GCGCCUCUGAGAAGGGAGGGGGAGGCGGCCAUUUUGUCCACCGUCGUCGGUGCUUCCCGCGGGAGCAACUGAAUCAGCGAAGAAGGGGGGAAAGAAAGGAAGAGGGAGGUUGAAAGGAAGAAACGUUUGAGAAGAACAAAGGAAAAUCUAGCCAGAAAGCCGCUGAGGAAGUCGAUAUUUUCAGCUACUGUCUCUGCUGCCUUCUUCAUUUGCUUGAGAGGCGAUGGCGGAUCUUGACAAACUCAACGUUGACAGCAUUAUCCAACGGCUGCUUGAAGUGAGAGGUUCAAAACCUGGUAAAAAUGUCCAGCUUCAGGAAAAUGAAAUAAGAGGAUUGUGCUUGAAAUCUCGAGAGAUUUUUCUUAGUCAACCCAUUCUAUUAGAACUUGAAGCACCACUUAAAAUAUGUGGUGAUAUCCAUGGACAAUAUUAUGACUUGCUUCGACUAUUUGAAUAUGGAGGUUUUCCACCAGAAAGCAACUAUCUGUUCCUUGGUGAUUAUGUUGAUAGAGGGAAGCAGUCUUUAGAAACAAUUUGCCUUUUACUCGCUUACAAGAUAAAAUAUCCAGAGAAUUUUUUUCUCCUCAGAGGAAAUCACGAAUGUGCCAGCAUUAAUAGAAUUUAUGGUUUCUAUGAUGAAUGUAAACGAAGAUAUAACAUCAAGCUAUGGAAAACCUUUACAGACUGCUUUAAUUGCUUACCAAUUGCAGCCAUAGUGGAUGAGAAAAUAUUUUGUUGCCAUGGAGGUUUAUCGCCAGAUCUCCAAUCAAUGGAACAAAUUCGACGAAUUAUGCGGCCCACUGAUGUGCCAGAUCAAGGUCUUCUCUGUGAUUUGCUGUGGUCUGACCCUGACAAAGAUGUGCUUGGAUGGGGUGAAAAUGACAGAGGAGUAUCUUUCACCUUUGGAGCUGAAGUUGUUGCAAAGUUCCUUCACAAACAUGAUUUGGAUCUUAUAUGCAGAGCUCAUCAGGUUGUUGAAGAUGGAUAUGAAUUUUUUGCAAAAAGACAGCUGGUAACUCUGUUUUCUGCCCCCAAUUACUGUGGGGAGUUUGACAAUGCAGGAGCCAUGAUGAGCGUGGAUGAGACUUUAAUGUGCUCUUUCCAGAUCUUGAAGCCUGCUGAGAAAAAGAAGCCCAAUGCUAGCCGACCUGUAACACCACCUAGGGGUAUGAUCACAAAGCAAACAAAGAAAUGAUCAUUUUUGACCCUGCUUUUUUGAGAUGAAUUUCAGGAUUUUGUGUGUGUGUGUGUGUGUGUGUGUGUGUGAGUGUGUGAGUGUGUUUGUUUGAAGGGAAGACAAAGUAAAUCUGCUGAAAUAACAUUGUGUUUGUAGUUUUUAUGUUCAUUUUCAUGUAUGGUAAUUGCAAAAAAAGCUUUUCUAUAUUAAUAUUUCAGCUGUAUACUUUACAGUAACUGUAUUUUUCAUGCAAGGUAAUCAAAUUGUAUCAGUGAUUCCUCCAAUGUGUAAAAAUGAGCACUGUGCUAUGACUGCUUUUCUUUUCAACUUAAGAGUCAAAUUAGUUUGCUAUAAGACUAGAAAACAUAAUACAGUAGUCUCACUUAUCCAACGUUCUCGAUUAUCCAAGCCAUUUUGUAGUCAAUGUUUUCAAUACAUCGUGAUAUUUUGGUGCUAAAUUCGUAAAUACAGUAAUUACUACAUAGCAUUACUGUGUAUUGAACUACUUUUUCUGUCAAAUUUGUUGUCUAACAUGAUGUUUUGGUGCUUAAUUUGUAAAAUCAUAACCUAAUUUGAUGUUCAAUAGGCUUUUUCUUAAUCCCUCCUUAUUAUCCAACAUAUUCGCUUAUCCAACAUUCUGCCGGCCCAUUUAUGUUGGAUAAGUGAGACUCUACUGUACUGUCAGAUUAUACCUUGUUUAUACAAAUUACAGACAGAUCCUGGGUUAACUGCUCUGAGUCUCUUUGGGGAGAUAGAGCAGUAUAUAAAGCAUUGUUGUUGCUGUUGCAAACAAAAUAAGUUCUGCAAGUUUCUUUUAAAUUGUGUUUGUAUGUAAGUCAGAAUAGGUGUAAAAUGAAUGUUUGUAACUCAGGGACUGCCUGUACUAUGGAAAUAUUUCUGGGUCACUCCCCUCAAAUGAUUUUUUCUUGUUCAGUACAUAAAUUACAUUGUUAGUAUUUUGAAAUCAUUCUCUUUUUAAAUCAGCUUCAUUACUAUAAAGUAUAUUUUAAUGGAAGAAUAUUUUUCCUGCUUUAUAUCUUUAUAGUGAAUGGGAAAGCAUUGAGAACAACAUGUCAGUGCAGUCUAUAGAAAGUCUAAGUUGGAUUUUUUCCUCUGCAGGAAGAACAACUUGAACUAGCAGAAAGUAAUGCUGUGGUCAACUGGGAUGCAGAAUUAAAGGCUUUUUAUUCAUCCCCUAUAUUCAGUGUUGAGAUUUGCUAUUGUAUUGUUUAGCCAGUUCAGAAAGAAUGUGAAGAGCUAUUUAAAGAUUUGCCACAUAAAACAAUUCAUUUAGAGUUCGUUUUUAAUUAACAUCUGAAGACCUGUUCUACAAAAGCAAGAAAGCAACCAAUUGCAACAAUGAACCCUGAUCACCUGUUUGUGUGACUCACAGAGCAUCUUUUCAGAGGGUUUUUGGUUUUACAAAUCAAUAUUUUUAAACAGAUGGCAUGUGCAGUAGAAUAUGGUCAAAUGCUUAUUAAAUGAAUAAGUUGAUAAA